CUUAACUUUAGGAAGUUUAAAUAACAUCCAUCUCAACAGUCACCAGAUUCACCUUAGGUAGGUACCUAGGUAGAUAUACACACAUGAGUCGGACAGCUUUGUCUUAAGAGAAUACACGGAUGCAUGAAUAUAUCGAAAUUACUACAUUAAUAUUGGCAAUCUACUAUAUAUGAGUAUUACCAACUACGGAUUCCUUUGUACACAUUUGCCAUUUGCCAUUCUAGCUAGGGAUGGAAGUUACAGGCGCAUGCGACGCGAUGUGUUGUUGUGAGGUACCUGAAGGUUUAGGUGUGUUGGGUCCUACCAAUUCAAGUUUGCGAAGCAGGUGCAGGUGCUACACUGUAUGCAGGUAUACUCUGACUGUCUGAUACUCUCUUAUCACGUGAGAUAUCUUCGAGAAGGGGUAAAGCGCGAAACCAUUUUUUACAUAAUCAAUGAUCCAUGUAUCAUUCAGCUUGUUUCUUUAUCGAUAAACUAGACUCAGCCGCGCCAAGAAUCUGGAGAUCCCGGCUUUACAAGUUGUAAAUUACAACAGCUGAUUCGCGAAAUCAUUUUCCAAGAGCCUCGGAAGAAGCAUCCCACCAGCCAGCAAAACCAAUUUAGAAGCUCUAUAGCCUCAAACUUCCUUUUCUAAAACAUUGUACCGUCAUAAAGAUUUAAUCAGAUACCCGGGGAUUUGAAUUAGCUCAAGAUGCCUCCUGUUCCAACGACCCGCGGCCCUCAAGGCCCCUCCACCGUCGACAAACUUAAAAUGGGAGCUAUGAUGGGCGGUACUGUUGGCGUUAUUAUCGGUUUCAUUUUCGGAACUGUGAACAUAUUUAGAUACGGAGCCGGACAAAACGGUAUCAUGCGAACUUUGGGCCAAUAUAUGUUAGGAUCUGGCGCUACGUUUGGCUUUUUCAUGUCGAUUGGAAGUGUUAUCAGAUCUGACGCAUCGCCCAUCGCCGUCGAAGCAUUUGCGCGAGCACAACGACGACCUUUUAUCAUGCCUUCGCAAUCAAGCACAUAUCGACCACGAAGUCAAUAGAACUUUGCCCAUCUCAUAGUACUGCCGCUGAGCUCAGGCCGAGAAUAAGACCUUAGAAAAAUUCAACGUCCGAUUCUUCACUACUUCGCUUUUUAUAGUUAUGAAGAAAGUUAUAUCGAUAUCUGAGACAUACUCAAUUCAUCCACUAAAGAAUCUCUAUCAUCAAGGAUGUUAGACUGGACGGAAACUAUGGGUCGAUCUGAUAUUGAGCUUCCACUAGCUACGCUAGCUAGGAAGUUGUACUAUAUCGAAUCUCUUGUAUAUACUAAUUAUGACAGCUCUGGGAUUCAGAGAGAUGUCAAGUAAAGAAAGCCCUACGCCACACCUCUGAUAAUUAACAACGCUACAAAGUAUUAACACGGCAUUAGCCGAAAGCAUAGCC